AUGAGCCAGCACUUUGAAACUCUCCAGCUCCACGCUGGCCAGGAGCCUGACCCGGCCACCAAUUCCCGUGCCGUCCCCAUCUACGCCACUUCUAGCUAUGUCUUCAACGACUCUGCCCACGGCGCUCGCCUGUUCGGCCUCAAGGAGUUCGGCAACAUCUACUCCAGAAUCAUGAACCCUACCGUCGAUGUCUUCGAGAAACGCAUGGCUGCCCUCGAGGGCGGUGUUGCCGCUGUCGCUGCUGCCUCCGGCCAGGCCGCUCAGUUCAUGGCCAUCUCCGCGCUCGCCCACGCCGGUGACAACAUUGUCUCGACCUCCAACCUCUACGGCGGCACCUACAACCAGCUGAAGGUCAUGCUUCCCCGCUACGGCAUCCAGACCAAGUUCGUCACUGGCGACAAGCCCGAGGACCUGGCAGCUGCCAUCGACGAGAAGACCAAGGCUGUCUAUAUCGAGAGCAUUGGAAACCCCCGCUAUAACAUCCCCGACUUUGAGGCUAUCACCAAGCUUGCCCAUGAGAAGGGCGUUCCUGUUAUUGUCGACAACACCUUUGGUGCCGGCGGCUACUUCGUCCGCCCCAUCGACCACGGCGCCGACAUCGUCGUGCACUCCGCUACCAAGUGGAUCGGCGGGCACGGCACCACCAUCGGCGGCGUCAUCAUCGACAGCGGCAAGUUCGACUGGGGCGCGCACGCUGACCGCUUCCCGCAGAUGGUCGAGCCGUCCGAGGGCUACCACGGGCUCAAGUUCUGGGAGACCUUUGGGGCCAUCACCUACAUCAUCCGGGUGCGCGUGGAGAUCCUGCGCGACCUGGGCGCGUGCCUGAACCCCUUCGCCGCGCAGCAGCUCCUUCUCGGUCUCGAGACGCUGUCGCUCCGCUGCGAGCGCCACGCCCAGAACGCCCUCGCGCUCGCCCGCUACCUCGAGCAGAGCCCGUACGUCAGCUGGGUGUCGUACCCCGGGCUGGAGAGCCACGGGUCGCACGAGAACGCAAAGAAGUACCUCAAGCGCGGAUUCGGCGGCGUACUCAGCGUCGGCAUCAAGGGCGGCGCCAACGCCGGCAGCCAGGUGGUCGAUGGCUUCAAGCUCAUCUCCAACUUGGCCAACGUCGGCGACUCCAAGACGCUGGCUAUCCACCCCUGGUCUACCACCCACGAGCAGCUGACGGACGAGGAGAAGAUCAACUCGGGUGUUACCGAGGACCUGAUCCGUAUCUCGGUCGGCACGGAGCACAUUGAUGAUAUCAUUGCCGACUUUGAGCAGUCGUUUAAGGCUGCGUCGGCGACUUCGACCAAGAAGGACGGUGAGCAGGAUUUAGUGGUUGGUCAGGGCAAGGCCGAGGAGGCGGCGCCUACUGUUGUCUAA